CCUUGACAGGUGGCGCUGCGUACACACUCCGCCAUAUUGCUGUUGCUGAUUCACAACAUAGUGCACUACAUCUAUUUGAAGAUUAGAGGAGAUCGACAGGUGUAACCAUGGCGGCUGGCCCUUAUAAUUACUCGUACAUAUUUAAGUACAUCAUCAUCGGGGACAUGGGAGUUGGAAAAUCCUGUCUUCUCCAUCAAUUUACAGAAAAGAAAUUUAUGGCAGACUGUCCACAUACUAUUGGAGUUGAAUUCGGAACAAGGAUUAUUGAAGUUUCUGGACAGAAGAUAAAGUUGCAGAUUUGGGACACUGCUGGACAGGAGAGGUUCCGGGCGGUGACCAGGAGCUACUACAGAGGAGCAGCAGGGGCAUUGAUGGUCUACGAUAUCACAAGGAGGAGCACAUACAAUCACCUAAGUAGCUGGCUUACAGAUGCGAGGAACCUAACAAAUCCCAACACCGUGAUAUUUCUGAUUGGUAAUAAGUCUGAUUUAGAAGCCCAGAGAGAUGUUACAUAUGAGGAGGCUAAACAGUUUGCUGAUGAAAAUGGUCUAAUGUUUCUUGAAUGCAGUGCCAAAACGGGUGACAAUGUAGAAGAUGCAUUUUUAGACACAGCAAAGAAGAUUUACCAGAACAUUCAAGACGGAAGCUUGGACUUGAAUGCAGCUGAAUCAGGUGUUCAACACAAGCCAGCCACCCCCAGAAAUCCCAUUAACACAGACCAAGCUCCCAUUGACAAGGGCUGUGCCUGUUGAUGACCCCGCCUCUGUCCUAGACAGGUUGAUAUAUAACUGUGUAUUCAUUCCAAGGAUGUGUGCAAACUGUUCUCUUGAUCAAAAUGGUUCCAGUCUCGCAGCACCAUGCUGUAGAAUCUUCAUGGGAGUUGUGGAGUUUAUAUUGCAUUCUAUUUACUCUGGAUGUAGGUCUGUUAUAGGAAAUGAAAACAAAUUGUGAUCCAAGGCUGUGGUGGAAGACUUUUUGCAAAUAAUCAAUUCAGAGUCAUAAUCUCUCUUUAUGUAAUAAUGGUGCAAUAUUUCUUUAUUUAUUUAAAAUGGGCUGAUGAAUUAUUUUGAUCAUUGAACACAUGCAUUGACUGCAAUUCAUUUUAAAAUGAACACGAGUCAUAUUAAACUGUGUUUUAUUUGGGACCUGGAUGGUGUGUGACAGUGUGUGAGAUUUUCCAAGCAGGGGGAGACCCCUAGUCAUGUGGUAGAACUAAAGAAUAUGAUGGAGAUAAUGUGAUUGUUCUGUUAAUGUUACUGUUUUGUUAACUUAUGUAUCAACUCCUCGAUGUACGUGUACUCCCGUGGCUGUUGCACUUUGAUAUAUUGAUAGAUUCGCUGGACCAUUCUUUUAAUAUUGACAUUGAAUGUUUUUUCCCUACCAAUUUUCUUAUGAUUAUAAACCAAGUGUUUAGCUUCAUUUAAAUUUAAGGGGAAUAUAGGUAAUAAGAAGUUAAGAACAUGAUAAAUUACCAGUAUUGACCAAUAGAUAAUUGUGGUACUUGCUUUGGGGGGGAGGGAAAUUCACAUCACUUGGGCAGGCCCAGUUACUAGUUAUUGAUGUUCUAAAACAUUAGGAUGUACAUAUGUACUCAUCACUCAGGCUGUAAUUGUACAUACCAGUCGUGUAAAUACCACCCCCAUGUCGGCUAUAUGUAGCAUGUAUAUCAACAUUGUCUUUCUAGCCUAGUUUGUACUUGUGUCCUUAUUUUAAUGCUUCUUGUGAUAUUGAAAAGAUUUUGUAAGGAAUUUCACAUUACACCAUCAUCAGAGGCCUAUGCUAACCCAGUGUAUGGGUACUGUCAUAGGCUCUGAUGAUAUUACAUAUCUCUGCAAAAAAUUUUGUUCAUGGAUUUAUGAAAUUGUAUUUGUUUUUAUGUAUGUGUAUCAAGAGUUGUAUAGCUUUCCAUCUAAAAAUUAGAGCAAGUGCUAUUUAUAUUGAGUGCUUAUACUUAAGUGCUGUAAUUUAAUUUGAUUUUAAAAUUAUCUACCAUCAAUUAUGGAUUGUGCAAAUUGAUUAGGUCACCAGGUCAUCUACAAGAGCAGAUUCCUGGUAGGAUAAUUUAUCUCAUAUUAUCAGGGUCUGUUUCUGUGUUAGUAAUUUAUUGUUCCCCUACAUGUAAAUAACCAAUACAUAGACAAUAAUCCACUGAUUGAUAUGAACUAACAGUUAUUGCUUUAUCAAUAAUAUUACGUGGGCGUUAUUUAAAAACAUUCUAGGAAAAUUAAAUGUAGAAAAAAAUUGUGAUACCUUUACAUGUGUAAAUUACCUUCACUCAUUUAAGAUAAUAUAUUGAAGUCUAAGAAUAAAUAAUGAAAUGCAAA